UCAAUACUGUCACUUUCUCGUUCCGCGGUGGUUUGCACGUGUUGUUAUUACCAAAAUAAUUAUUUAAAUCAAAAUGAAAGUCCUUUCAGAGGAUAGAACUCGGAUAUUAUUCGAGAAACUUACUAAAUACAUUGGAAUGAAUGUGAAGCUGCUAAUAGACAGACCGGACGGUACUUACUGCUUUAGAGAGAAGAAAGACCGAGUUUAUUAUAUUUCAGAGCGACUUUUACAGUUGGCCCAAACCGUGAAACCGGAUCACUUAAUAUCGGCGGGGACGUGUUUUGGCAAGUUUACCAAAACAAACAAGUUCAGGUUGCACAUAACAGCGCUGACAUAUAUUGCUCCGUACGCUCAUUACAAGAUUUGGGUGAAGCCGUCAAUGGAACAGCAGUUUUUGUAUGGUCACCAUGUUAUCAAGAGUGGUCUCGGCAGAAUAACAGAAAACACCCCGAAACACCAGGGUGUAGUUAUUUUCACGAUGUCAGACGUCCCCAUUGGCUUUGGAGUUGCAGCUCGUUCAACGACAGAGUGCCGGCAUGCUGACCCCCUAGCAACGAUAGCCUUCCACCAGGCGGAUAUCGGAGAAUAUAUUCGAUCAGAAGACACCCUUACGUAGCAAUAAUAAAGUUUUUUUAGUUCUA